AUGACAUGGAAGGAUUUUCGAGAUUGUUCACAUAGCUACUUAAAUCUUCGCCAUGUCAAUCUCAUAUUAGAACCAUUAUGUCCUGAACCUACAGAAUAUUUCGAUAUUGAUCGAUUAGCUCAAUUAGUAUCUAAUCUACAUUCUCUUGAAAUCAGUUAUACAACUAUUAAGUUAAAUGAAAAUCUUGUUCAAUUUAUUUGGAAAAUUAUUCAUCGACUUGAUCAGUUAGUUUAUUUAAUAGUGAACAAAGAUUGUCUUUAUCAAGUAAAACAUGAAAAAAAGAAAAUGUUCAAAGAAAGACUAUUAGCAGUUGGAUAUGAUCAAUUAUUUGAUUGUAAUAAUAUUAAAAUUAAAUUUCAUAGAUACGACUAG